UGGGAGUGUGGGUAUUUGCCCCCCUUCCUGCCCACUCCAUCCAGCCCCCAGCCCUGAACAUGACCCAAAUGAUCGAGAUGUUCCAGGAUUUUAUGAUACAGUACAACAAAUCCUACAAAAGCCCAGAAGAGAUCCAUUGCCGCUUCAAGUUCUUUGUGCAGAAUCUCGAAGUGAGCCGUGAAUUGCAGGCCUCAGAGCAGGGCACAGCACAAUAUGGCGUCACCCAGUUCAGUGACCUGACAGAACGAGAGUUUGAGAAGAUGUUUGCGAUUCCUCACCCCACGAAACUCCCCGUACUGAAGCAGAUGGCGAUGCCCCAGAAGGCACAGAAACAACCAUCCUGCGACUGGAGAAAAUUUGGCGCCAUCACAGAAGUGAAACAUCAGGGCACAUGUAGGUCAUGUUGGGCUUUUGCUGCUGCAUCCAACAUUGAGGCUUUGUGGAACAUCCACCGACAUUCACCGCGAAAUGUCUCUGUACAGGAGCUGGUAGACUGCACAGGUUACAAGGAUGGCUGCAUGGGAGGCUAUGUGUGGGAUGCAUUCCUGACUGUCAUCAAUCGCAGUGGAUUGUCAAGCAGCAAGCUGUACCCUUACAGGGAUAAAGAGCAACGGUGCCAGAAAUAUCACAAACGAGUACUUACUGGAAUUGAAGGUUAUGAAAUCUUGCCCAGGGAUGAGAGAGACAUGGCUGAAAUUGUUGCUUCUCAAGGUCCCAUAACUGCUCUUCUCAACAUGAAACUCCUUCAGCUGUAUAAAAAUGGGGUUAUCUGGAGACCUUCAGAAGACUGCCCCAAGGACUAUCUUGACCAUGUUGCACUCAUUGUUGGCUAUGGGCAAGUUCCAAAACAGCGUGGAUCCCCAGCGAAACAGUACUGGAUUAUCAAGAACUCAUGGGGAAAGACAUGGGGAGAGAAGGGAUAUUUCCGGCUGCACCGUGGGGAUAACACCUGCGGCAUCGCCAUGUAUGCAGUGACAGCGAUUGUCAAGAAUUCGACGGCAAUAUCUGAAAUGAGGGUGUCGUGCCCCAGAUAA